AUGUCCAUCCAUCAGAUCUACAUGUCCACUCACCAGAUUUAUGUGUCCACCCACAAGAUCUAUGUGUUUCCCAAAAGAUCCAGAGGGACCUGCGGGCUCCGGCCCAUGGCUUCCGACCACAACUCCCUGCUGCCCGACUACGACACAGAUGACAACUAUGGAGCCGUGGAUUCUUCCGGUGGCACCGUGCGUGGCAACGAUGUCGCACCCGGGACCUGGCCUGGCAUCGUCAGCAUCCAGGCCAACUGGGCAAAUGGCACGUGGCACAUGUGUGCAGGGGCCCUCAUCAACCCCAAGUGGGUCCUCACGGUCGCCCACUGCUUCUAUGGGGCCAAGGAUGUCUCCAAAUGGGAGGUGGUGCUUGGGGCCACUGAUCUGACCGAGCUGGGCCCCGAGGCAGAGUUGCACCACAUCCAGAGGCUCCUGGUGCACCAGCACUACGCACCUGCCUUGGCAAGGAACAACAUCGCCCUGCUGGAGCUGGAUGAGCCCGUGGAGUGCAGCGACUACAUCCAGCUGGGCUGUGUGCCCAACACUCCCCUGAGCGUGUCACAGAUGAAAACCUGCUACAUCGCGGGCUGGAAAACCACCCUGGAUAGUGCUCUCAGACCACGCCUGGUGCUGCAGGAGGCCAAGGUGCGGCUCAUCGAUGUGCAGCUCUGCAACAGCAGCCGCUGGUACGGGGGGGCCGUGCACCCCCACGACCUGUGCGCUGGGUACCCGCGGGGCGGCAUCGACACCUGCCAGGGGGACAGCGGGGGUCCCCUGGUCUGCAAGGACAUGAGAGCUGACUACUUCUGGUUCGUGGGAAUGACCAGCUGGGGGAAAGGCUGUGCUGGGGCCAAACGACCCGGGAUCUUCACCUCCACCCAGGAAUUCCACAACUGGAUCCUGAUCCAGAUGGGAUUGCUCCCGGUAGUAACAGCCAUUCCAACGCCAGAGCCAACCACUACCUCGACUCCUGAGCAGAAUCCAGAGCCAGAGUCCAGCCUGAGCUCUAUGGAGACACUGAUGCCAAUGGAACUGGGAAAUUUAACAGCCAUUUCAAUCCAACAACAGAUACUGGGGCAAUUCUUUAACCUGAUCCUGGAACUCCUGCAGUUCCUAAGGGCCAAAUUGUAUUGA